AUCAUCAGCAGUAAUUCUUCCCUUGGGCUAACUUCCCGUCAUGAACUGUUUGUAAAGCAGCAGAGGGUGAGCCGCACCCUAGGAACCUGUGUACAGGAGCAGAGGAAGUGAUUCCUGCCUAGGAAUCUGGGACCUGGCUGGCUCCCUGCUCUCAGAUUCCUCCGACAUGAGAGGGGCGUGCUGGUGACAUGUGAGUGCCUAGUCUGCCAAGAAGCCAACUCGCUGUUUGAAGAGUUUUCCAGGGACACGAGCUUCAUUUGAGUCUGUUACAACCCUUCAACGUGAGUGGAUGCCUGGGGCCUCUGGAAUUAAACUUGUUACAGACAUCAUGCAAGGAUCUGUGCCAGUGCCUGCAUCCUCACAGAAAGAACGAUAAUAGUUCCACAUACAGUAGGCUCCUGCAAGUGCCAACUUCCUUGAUCUCCUCCAAUGCAGACUCACGGAUGGACUCCACCUUGUCCCUGUGAAGAGAUUCUGCAUGCUUUCAGCAGCCAGAGGGGAAUUCUACUGCUGGCAUCUUCACAAGCUGCCCCACGGCGGGACUUGCUCAGUGGCGCCUUGGGAGAAUAUCCAUUCACACAGUUGUUUCACGACAGUACUUGCUGCAGACCCAUGGAGGAACUUGCUUGCAUGCUGCAUCUCCUUUGAGCUCCUCAGCCUGUGCUGUUUGAACUCACCAGGGCUCCUGGCAGUCUGUUUGCUUGUUUUUCCAACCGCUCUCCCUGAUCCUAUUGCAUUCCCUCUCUUGCAGAGCCCAAAAAAGAUGUGAACUUUGGAAUGGGGUCUGUGAGCAGCUGUGGACUCGGUACAUUUGUAAGACUUGUGCUGAUUAAUAGCAGGACUGGUUAACUGCUGUGGGCAGCCUUUCUGCGUGGCUGCAGGGUUGCAGGGCACCAGCCUUGCUUAGGCCCUUCACGAUGUUCCUCCUGCUCCCCUUUGACAGCCUGGUUGUUAAUCUCUUGGGGAUUUCCAUAACUGUCCUCUUCACUUUGCUUCUGGUUUUCAUCAUUGUGCCAGCAAUUUUUGGAGUUUCCUUUGGCAUCCGCAAGGUUUACAUGAAAACAUUAUUAAAGAUUUUUCAGUGGGCAACACUGAGAAUAGAGCGUGGUGCCAAGGAGAAGAACCAUCCAUUAUACAAGCCCUAUGUCAAUGGUAUCAUUGCAAAAGAGCCAACAUCACUGGAAGAGGAGAUCAAGGAGAUGCGCCGUAGUGGCAGUGGCAAAGCCCUGGACACCCCUGAGUUUGAGCUCUCAGAUAUCUUCUAUUUCUGCCGCAAAGGCAUUGAGACCAUCAUGGAUGAUGAAGUGACCAAGAGGUUUUCAGCUGAAGAGCUGGAGUCCUGGAAUCUGCUAAGCAGGACCAACUACAACUUCCAUUACAUCAGUCUGCGCCUCACUGUUCUCUGGGGACUGGGUGUUAUCAUCCGCUACUGCUUCCUGCUGCCACUCAGGAUAGCCCUGGCAUUUACUGGCAUCAGUUUGUUGGUGACUGGUACUACAGUAGUGGGAUAUUUGCCAAAUGGAAGGUGUAAAGAGUUCCUCAGCAAGCAUGUCCACCUGAUGUGUUAUCGUAUCUGCGUACGUGCCCUCACAGCUAUCAUUACCUACCAUGACCGAGAAAACAGACCCCGAAAUGGAGGCAUCUGUGUGGCCAAUCACACAUCCCCCAUUGACGUGAUCAUCCUUGCCAGUGAUGGCUACUAUGCAAUGGUGGGUCAAAUCCACGGCGGGCUGAUGGGUGUGAUACAGAGAGCCAUGGUGAAGGCUUGCCCCCACGUCUGGUUUGAACGCUCAGAGGUCAAAGACCGUCACCUCGUUGCCAAAAGGCUUACAGAGCACGUCCAGGACAAGAGCAAACUGCCUAUUCUUAUCUUUCCAGAAGGAACCUGCAUCAACAACACAUCUGUGAUGAUGUUCAAAAAGGGGAGCUUUGAAAUUGGAGCCACAGUUUACCCUGUAGCCAUCAAGUAUGACCCGCAGUUUGGAGAUGCCUUUUGGAACAGCAGCAAAUAUGGCAUGGUAACCUACCUCCUUAGGAUGAUGACCAGCUGGGCCAUUGUCUGCAGUGUCUGGUACUUGCCCCCAAUGACCAGGCAGCCUGAAGAGGAUGCUGUCCAGUUUGCCAAUCGAGUGAAGUCAGCCAUUGCCAGGCAGGGAGGCCUUGUGGAUCUGCUCUGGGAUGGAGGUCUGAAGAGGGAGAAGGUGAAAGAUACGUUCAAGGAGGAGCAACAGAAACUCUACAGCAAAAUGAUUGUAGGCAACCAUGAAGACCGGAGCCGCUCCUGAGUCCUCUGCCUCCAGCACUGAUACUGGGCCUGGUCAGAGCCCUCUGCAUCCAGCACGAGCCAGGGCUUGUCUGAAGCAGCUCUGUGUGUUUGGGACUUUGGCUGCUCCAGAGCUGCUUGGACUUGCUUCUCUGGCUUUUUCCUGGAGGCACUAUUAUUGCCUAGAGUCUUCGUACCCUGGGCAGCUCUUGGCAAAGAUGCCUUCUUGUUACUGUUACAGUGAAGCCCCUUGCAGGGGCAAUAUUAAAUGAAACACUUCUGGUGUCA